CUAGUUCUUCCGGGGCAGGCAGGCAGCGGGCCAGUUCCGGUGCCGAGCCGCUGUCUUGCAUGUUGUUGAUCGGCUCGGUUUCUUUGUAAAAAUGUCCCGCGGAUCGAGCGCCGGCUUCGACCGUCACAUUACCAUCUUCUCCCCGGAGGGGAGGCUCUACCAAGUAGAAUACGCAUUUAAAGCUAUAAACCAGGGCGGGCUCACUUCAGUCGCUGUUCGUGGCAAGGACUGUGCUGUAAUAGUUACACAAAAGAAAGUGCCGGAUAAACUUUUGGAUGCCAACACAGUCACUCAUCUUUUCAGAAUAACUGAAAAUAUAGGAUGUGUAAUGACAGGAAUGACAGCAGAUAGCAGGUCUCAAGUUCAACGAGCUCGUUACGAAGCAGCAAAUUGGAAGUACAAAUAUGGCUAUGAUAUCCCAGUAGACAUGCUGUGCAAGCGGAUUGCAGACAUUUCCCAAGUAUACACACAGAAUGCUGAAAUGCGACCUCUAGGAUGCUGUAUGAUUCUGGUAGGUGUGGAUGAAGAGCUUGGUGCUCAGGUUUAUAAGUGUGACCCUGCUGGUUAUUAUUGUGGUUUCAAGGCCACUGCUGCAGGAGUAAAACAGACAGAAGCCACAAGCUUCUUGGAAAAGAAAAUUAAGAAAAAACUUGACUGGAUUUAUAGUCAAACUGUCGAGACAGCAAUAACUUGUUUGUCCACAGUACUUUCCAUUGACUUCAAACCCUCUGAAAUUGAAGUAGGAGUGGUUACAGUGGAUAACCCGAAAUUUAGGAUUCUUUCAGAAGCUGAAAUUGAUGCACAUCUGGUUGCUCUAGCAGAGAGAGAUUGAAAUUCAUUUUGUUUAAGACUCUGUAUUUGUUACGUAAGAAACACUGUUAAUGGAAGACUGUAUGUUGCUGUAACAGAAUGCUCAUCCGCACUGUAUUUUAUUCUGUUCAAAUAAAACUGAGGUUUUUGAAAA